AUGUGUAACGGGAAGCACACAAUGUUUCGACUCUUCCUUUUCCUACUUGCAUUCAUCCUUAUCUCCUCUACUCAUUCGAAACCUGCAGGAGAAGAGACGAAAGAUAAUCAAACAUUUCCGCGAAAGAUUAUCUUGAGUGCGGAAGAGGUAAAAGAUCGUCGACUUGAUGAAAUUACAGCAUCUGGCAGAAUUAUGCUUCCUGUCGCAGAACGAAGAGCAAAAAUGCACCAAAAAUCAAGUUUUAACCCUACACGUAUCAUUGAUAAAUACCAUAUCAUGAAACAGGAAAAGAAGAACAAGUUGCACAAAGAUAAUUAUACUAAUUUAAGGAAGAUUUUAGAAACUGGCGGUACUGCUACUUUAGGAAAGAGCAAAAGCGGAAAACGAUUAUCCUACACAAACGUUGUCCCACACCAACUGGCUGAGAGUGCAAGUUGA